AUGACUAAAAAUCUUAAGGAAAUAGAUUCAAGAACUUGGAAUCAGCAAAUGUAACAUAAAGAAUUUAUUGACAGUUAAAUCAGAAAAGCUGCAGGAUAGUCAAAAUUCAAUAAAAUUUCCUAUUAAUAAUAUUUGUAAAAUGCUUAACAGACUAAACAAGAAGCAAUUAAUUAAAUAGUGACUGAAAACAUCAUAAAAUAGAUAUAAGAAUCUAUUCAUGAUACCAUAAAAGUUGAAUUAGCAGCUAUAACCCUCGACAAAUCAGUGAUUCAGGUUCCUUCUUAGGAUAAAUUGUUUAACUUGCUAAUGACAUAGCUCGGAUCUGUCAUUUAGAAUGAAGGAAAUCAAGAAAAAGUCAAAGAUAGAGUGAAAGCAGUAUCAGAACUUAUAGUAAAUUAAAUCACAGGAAGGACUAAAUCAAAUGGAAUUACUCGAAGAAAAAGUCUAGCACCUGAAAAAUCAAAUACUUAAAAGUCUAUAAAUGAUAGAGAUGCGGAGAAAUAAUUGUAACAAUAAAACUCGACAGAACAAGCUCCUGAGAAAUAUACCAAGGAUAAACUUAACAAUAUGAUAUUCGGUAAAAUAAUGAAGCAAAGUAAAAAGAUCAUUCCUGGAAAAAAAAGACCUCAAAAGCAAUUAUCUAGUGGUACUUAGUCAAAUGAUAAAAUUGGAAGUUCAACUAAUCUUUUGAAAGAUAAGAUAAGAGUGUUUUAAAGUUAAAAAAAACUGCCAAUGGAUAAAAUGAAUCUUGCAAAACUUGUUUUAGAUAAUAAUCUUCAUAAGAAAAAUAAAGAGAUAAAAGAAUCUAUGAUUGGUGGACGAUAUUCAUUUGCUUUAAUAAAAUACUCAAUGAAAGAAAACAAAUCAAGACUUACAGUCGAUCCUGUCUCUCUAACAAAAAAACUAAUGAACUAACAACUAAUGCUUAAUCGAUAACCUUAAUCAUUAUUUGACAAUGGUUCAAACUAAUAAAAUGGCACAAAUAUGGUUUAUGAGGCAUCAAGUCAAACUCAUAGCAAUGUGGAUUUACUAAACAAGAGAAAUGUUGCCAUGUCAAUACUUAAAACGCCCUUGAUAACUUAGAAAAAUUUGAUUAGCCCAAACCUUAGUGAUAUUAAGUAUAAGGAUUUUCCCAAUGCUAACAUGGAUGCAGCAUUUAGUAAAAAGGUUAGUUUUAGGGAUGAUGGAGGAGUUUAACCAAAUAAUAAACUCUUGCAAAUGUCAGCAAAUUAAAGUAUGAUCGCACCUCUAAAUUUACAAAUCCAAGAUUUAAGCAGAACACCUAAAUAAAGGAAUAUUGGGUAGUUAGUCAAUCAAAUUAAAAAUGUUCAGUAAUUUUAAAAUAAAAUGGUCAAUGUAAUCAAGCCUUCACCCUCCAAGAUUAGAUCGAACCCAAUAUCUGAUGAUCUCUAAUCAAUUGAUAAUGCAGCAAGAGAUUUUGCACAGAAUAAAAAUAUAGAUUUCACUCUAAAUGCUAACAAUGCAGUUAAUUUAACAAUUCCUGUUAAAUUAAAUCAGUUAUAGAAAUAAAGCUCUUUAAGUUUUGAGAGUGAGGAUCUCGACUUUGAUUUUACCACUAAACAUAAAAAUUCUUCACCAAAUAUUGCAGCCAAGAAUGAUCCUGCUAAAUUUAGUCCAUAAAAGUAGGAAUAAUCUGACAAUAAGCAGAAAAAGUCUUACAAAGAAUUCUUUAGAGAAGGCAGCGGAACAGACACUCAAGAAGUUGCAGGCUCUGAAUAUCAAGAUAUUGUGCGUUAUAAAAUGGGACAAAAAUAUCUUCAAAAUCUGUAAAAAAAGAAGUCCAAGAUUAAAGGGUUUAUAUCUCAUCCUUAAGAUGCAGGGUUUAAAGAGUAACGAACUAAUAUUGCAGAGUUAAUUAAAAAGCAAUCAGAUUGA